CGCACCUGGACUUGCGGAGCGGGGCGUGGGACCGCUGGAGCACCAUGACGCUGGAGGCCAUCCGCUACUCGCGAGGCUCGCUGCAGGUCCUCGACCAGCUGCUGCUGCCCCAGCAGAGCCGCUACGAGGCGGUGGGCUCGGUGCGCCAGGCCUGGGACGCGAUCCGCGCCAUGAGAGUCCGCGGCGCGCCGGCCAUCGCCCUCGUCGGCUGCCUCGGCCUCGCCGUGGAGCUGCAGGCGGGCGCCGGGGGGCCGGGCGUCGCCGCACUGGUGGCUUUCGUGCGUGACGCCCUGACCUACCUGGUCUCCGCGCGGCCCACCGCUGUCAACAUGGCCCGCGCCGCCCGCGACCUGGCCGACGCCGCAGCCCGGGAGGCCGAGCGGGAAGGCGCCACCGAGGAGGCCGUCCGAGAGAGGGUGAUCUGCUACGCCGAGGACAUGCUGGAGAAAGACCUCAAGAACAAUCGCAGCAUCGGGGACCUGGGAGCCCAGCACCUCCUGGAACACGCAGCCCCCGGGGGUGGCAAGGUGACUGUGCUGACCCACUGUAACACUGGUGCCCUGGCCACUGCGGGCUAUGGCACAGCCCUGGGUGUGAUCCGCUCCCUGCACUGCCUGGGCCGCCUGGAGCACGCCUUCUGCACAGAGACCCGGCCCUACAACCAGGGAGCCCGCCUGACAGCCUUCGAGCUGGUGUAUGAGCAGAUCCCGGCCACCCUCAUCGCCGACAGCAUGGCGGCAGCUGCCAUGGCCCACCGGGGCGUGUCAGCUGUGGUGGUGGGAGCUGAUCGCGUGGUCGCCAACGGUGACACGGCCAACAAGGUGGGCACCUACCAGCUGGCCAUAGCUGCCAAGUACCAUGGCAUCCCCUUCUACGUCGCUGCCCCCAGCUCCUCCUGUGACCUCCGCCUGGAAACUGGCCAGGAGAUUGUCAUCGAGGAGCGGCUGGGCCAGGAGCUGACGGACAUCGGUGGGGUCCGGAUUGCAGCGCCCGGGAUUGGGGUUUGGAACCCAGCCUUCGAUGUCACCCCGCACGACCUCAUCACCGGCGGCAUCAUCACAGAACUGGGCGUCUUUGCCCCCAAGGAGCUCCGGGCAGCCCUAGCCACCACCAUCUCCUGAAGUGGGCCGGUGGGGGGGGGGGGAAUGCCUGGAUGGAUGCCACACGUUACUGACCUGGCUCUCCCUACCAUGCCAGCCCCCUUUGUUUUAUAAUAAAUGUAUGGACUAGUCUGCCCGA